CAAUCCUUCCCUCAACCAAAUUCCAUUACAAUGUUACACCACCUAAGAAUAAACAAAAUAGAGGAAGACAACUCUCAGAGAGAGGAAAUUCUGAGAGGUCCAUUAUAACUCUUUAGGGAAGAACAGCGGCUCAGGUGUUUUAGUAACACAUGGCCGCUGUUCGUUAUACCCAUCUUUGCCUCUUUCUCAUGCUUUUAUCAUUGGCUCCUUCCUCUCAUUCAAUAUCGGAAGCAGACGCGCUUUUACAAUUUAAGGAAUCAAUCACCAAUGCAAGGGCUCUUGAUUCUUGGAGACCGGGUACAACUCCUUGCCCUCUUCAAGGAACCAGUUGGGUUGGCCUCAAUUGUGCAAAGGAACAAGUCAGAGCUAUUUCUCUUUAUAACAUGGGGCUUGCUGGAAAAAUUGAUACUAGGCCACUGGAACAGCUACAAGGGCUUAAAUUUAUUAGCAUGGCCAACAAUUCAUUUACUGGUCCAAUUCCUGAAUUUAAUCGUCUUGCUGGUCUAAAGGGUGUCUACCUUACAGGUAACAAAUUUUCGGGGGAGAUUCCUUCUGAUUACUUUGCGAAUAUGAAAUCUUUGAAGAAACUUUGGUUGUCAAAUAAUGAAUUUUCCGGGAAAAUUCCUGAGUCUAUUACACAGCUUCCUAUUCUCAAGGAACUCCGCCUUGAAAACAACCAAUUCUCGGGGCCAAUCCCUCAAUUAAAACAACAAGCAUUAUCUGAUGUUGACAUGUCUAACAACAAGCUUGAAGGUGAAAUUCCCGAGCCUUUGCUGAAAUUCAAUGCAACUGCUUUCAAGAACAAUACUGGUGUAUGCAGUAAAAAACUAGGAAUUAAAUGCAGCGCUGCUCCUCCUCCUGCAAACUCCGGUGACGCAGCUGCCCCUAGUAAUGUAAUGAAUCCAGCAGGUACACCAGGCAGUCAAUCUUCACCACCCGACGAAGGCAGCAUAGUACAAGCAAAAUGGGUUGUUCUUGCAAUUGUGAUCAUCCUCUUGUCACUAACCAUCCUCUUUAAGUCCAGGCGAAAUAGCGAGAAAUUUGCACGGCCAGCCAAGGAGAAUCCUGAUGACCUUGUGCAAGUACAUAUUCCAAGCACCAACAGGGAAAACCUGAGCUCAACAUCAAGAAACAGUUCAAUGAGCCAUUCAAGGCGAGGAGGCCAGGGAGGCAAACCAGUGAAUGAUCUUGUGGUGGUGAAUGAUGAAAAAGGAGUGUUUGGAUUGUCUGACUUGAUGAAGGCUGGGGCUGAGGUGCUGGGAAAUGGAGGGCUGGGAUCAGCCUACAAGGCAAUGAUGGAAAAUGGAUUGUGUGUGGUCGUGAAGAGGCUGAGAGAAAUGAAUCAAAUUAAAAGAAACGCGUUUGAUACAGAAAUGAGGAGGCUUGGUGCACUAAAACACAACAACAUAUUGACACCAUUGGCAUAUCAUUUCAGGAAAGACGAGAAGCUAUUUGUAUCUGAAUUUGUUUCUAGAGGCAGCUUGUUGUAUCUUCUGCACGGUGACCGCGGGGCUGCACAUUCAGAACUAAAUUGGCCAACACGACUAAAGAUCAUCCAAGGAAUCGCGAGAGGAAUGGGCUACCUUCAUUCUGAAUUUCCAUCUGCUGAACUUCCUCACGGGAAUCUCAAGUCCAGCAAUGUUCUUCUCGACUCAAACUACGAACCCCUGCUAUCUGACUACGCGAUGUAUCCCUUACUCAACAAGACCCCAACUGCUCAAAGCAUGUUUGCUCUCAGGGCUCCCGAAUCAGUUUCACUCCAACAAGUCUCUCCAAAAUGUGACGUCUACAGUGUCGGAAUCCUCAUUCUAGAAGUCCUCACUGGGAAAUUCCCCUCCCAGUAUCUUAGCCACCAAAAGGGCGGAACCGAUGUGGUUGAAUGGGUCCGAACAGCAGCGUCUGAAUCACGAAUAUCCGAAUUGAUAGACCCUGAAAUAGCCGGAGCCUCGGCUGCUUCACUUGAACAAAUGGAGAAAUUGUUGCACAUUGGAGCUGCUUGUACCGAAAGUGAUCAAAAUAAAAGGCCAGACAUGAAAGAAGCAAUCAGGAGAAUAGAAGAGAUACAAGUGUAAAAAGUUAUUGGCUGCAAGCUGAAGAUUCAUAGAAGGGUAGGGGACAAAACACAUGUAUUUCAACAAUCUUUGGAAUUUCGACUUCCAUUAAUCAAAUUUUUGAGAAGCCAGAGCUUUCGAGAGAAUUCCGUAUAGCUUAUAAUCCAUAUUCUUUGUUUGUAUAGACAUUGAUAAAUACAUCAAUCUCUACCCACAUUGAAUGAGAAUGGCAUUCCAUCAUGAAGAAAAUGAUCACUACAUUCUUC